AUGGCAUCAUCGUUUUGGACGAGGAAUAUGUUCGGCAGAACCGCAAAGUUUUCAUCCAACUCAUCUGUAACUUUCGUUAUGGACGUGAAGAUGACGAGAUGAUCGGCUUGCGCUUCCAAAAGGAGCUAACACUCGUCUCACAGCAAGUGCAUCCACAGCAAAAGGUUGACAUACAAUUGACAAAAAUGCAAGAGCGUUUGCUGAAGAAACUCGGUUCCAAUGCUUUCCCAUUCGUUAUGGAGUUACCUUCCAGUUCACCAGCUUCGGUGGUCUUGCAGCAGAAGGCCAAUGAUGAAACGCAGCCUUGUGGUGUACAAUACUUUGUGAAGGUCUUCACAGGCGACAGUGACUGUGAUCGCUCCCACCGUCGCAGCACCAUCAAUUUAGGUAUACGUAAGGUGCAAUAUGCACCCACUAAGCAAGGAAUACAGCCAUGCACAGUGGUGCGCAAAGAUUUCCUACUCUCACCCGGUGAGCUGGAGCUUGAAGUUACGCUCGAUAAGCAGCUAUAUCAUCACAGCGAGAAAAUUGCGGUGAACAUCUGUGUGCGCAACAACUCAAAUAAGGUGGUGAAGAAGAUCAAGGCUAUGGUGCAGCAAGGCGUCGAUGUUGUACUCUUCCAAAAUGGACAAUUCCGCAACACGAUUGCAUUUGUAGAAACUAGUGAGGGUUGCCCGUUAAAUCCAGGCUCGAGCUUGCAAAAGGUUAUGUAUUUGGUGCCAACUUUGGCUGCGAAUUGUGAUCGAGCUGGUAUUGCCGUCGAGGGUGACAUCAAACGCAAAGAAACUUCACUGGCAUCCACAACACUCAUUGCCAGUCAGGAUGCUCGCGACGCUUUCGGAAUCAUUGUUUCAUAUGCCGUUAAGGUUAAGCUAUUCUUGGGUGCUUUGGGAGGUGAACUAUGUGCCGAAUUGCCUUUUAUUCUAAUGCACGCAAAG